CGAUCCUCCCCAGAUCUGCAGGGGAAAUAAAAGCCAGGGCAGUCGGGCGCAUGGUGAGAGCAUGGCAGUGGCACGGAGCUGGAGCACUUGUGGCUAGUGGCGGUCUGCGGCGAGGGCUGAGGCCUGGCUGUGGGUGCGCCAUGGGCGGGAUCACUGCCACUGCUAUAAAUAGGGCUCACAGAGAGCUGGCCUGGCAAACCCGGAGCUGAACCAAGCAGCGUAGAGGAGACAGCGUGGGACAGGGGUGGGGCGAGCCACACUGAGGAGGAGGUGCCUGUGCACUGCUGGGGAGGGCAAUAGCGCGUGCUCCAUGCCAGUGCAGCAUCUGUAGGGCUCAGGCACUGCCAGGAUAUGGACUGCAGUGCUGGGGCAGACUACUAAGGGCUUCUCAGCUGGUGUGGCUCCUGCAGCAGGCACUGGGCAAUGGCACAAGCUCAGGUGGGGCUCCCAGGACCCUUCCCGGAGCCCCUCGUUGGGCCAUGCCCUGACUCCGACUUCGACUCUGACUCUGAGGAUGCGACCAUGGGUGGUGCAGGGCCUGGUGCUGGGGUUCAGAAACCCUCCCAGGUCAUCCACAGUGGCCACUUCAUGGUGUCGUCCCCGCACAGCGACUCGCUGCCCCGUCGGCGCCACCGCCAUGCUGAGCCCGAGGCGGCUGAUCCGCGGAGCAUCGACCCGACCCUGACCCGGCUCUUUGAGUGCAUGAGCCUAGAGUACAGUGGAAAGCUGGUGUCGCCAAAGUGGAAGAAUUUCAAGGGGCAGCGGCUGCUUUGCCGGGAUAAAAUCCGUCUCAACAAUGCUAUCUGGAGAGCGUGGUACAUCCAGUAUGUGGAGCAGAGGAAGAACCCCAUGUGUGGUUUCAUCACCCCCCUGGAGGGAUCUGAGGCUGACGAGCAUCGAAAACCAGAGGCUGUCGUGCUGGAGGGCAAUUACUGGAAACGCCGCAUCGAGGUGGUAAUGAGGGAGUACCACAAGUGGAGGAUCUACUACAAGAAGCGGCUCCGAAAGUCCAGCCGGGAGGGAGAGCUCUCCAGCCCAAAGCAGGACGAGGAUGCCUGGAGACCAACGGAGAAAUGGUGCAACCAGCUCUUCUGCAACGUGGUGCCCAUGCUGCUUGGGAACGAGGAAGAGGAGCUGGGGGGCAGGCAGCACUUCGACUUGGACACCUUCCUAUCAGACAUCUCUGACACACUCUUCACCAUGACACAGACACCCAGCACCCACCAGGCGCUCCCAGAGGAUGCAUAUAUUGGGAAUGCUGACAUGAUCCAGCCAGACUUGGCACCCCUGCAGCCCAGCCUGGAUGAUACCAUGGAGAUCUCAGAUAUUUUCAUCAGCCAUCGGCCAUUGCCUGCACAGACGCAACUGGGCUACCAGGAGCCACCCUGCUUUGUGACUAUGGCUGAGCCCCUCUAUGGUGGCGGAGGGGCCAUGCCUGCCAGCCCCGAUGCCCUGCUCCCUCCCAGCACCCUCCUCCAGGUGAGCGUGACCCCAGCUCACGGCCCACAGCUGCCAGUGCCCAAGCCACCCCUCCUGACACGUCCCUAUUUCCCGCAGCCUGGCGGUGCCUCCCAGCUCAGCCUCCAUGGUGCCUUCCUCAGCUCCGAGCAACCCCCGCCACCAUUGGCCCCCGAGCCCCCUGCUGCGGUGCCUGGCAGCCUCAGCCCCCAGCUCAAACACAAGCCCUUGCUGCAGUACAACUUCCCUGGCAAGUGCAUUGGCAUGGAGCCGCUCGGCCUCCCCUACACCCCCCCUAACCCAUCCCCUGGGCCCCCACUGCUGGGCCCAGAGCCCCCAUUUUCCCCCGCCUCUGCCCCCCGCUCCAAGUUUCCCUACACUGCCUCACCCAGCCCCUCACUCCUCGCCCACCCCGUGUCCCCGCUCUCCACACCAUGCUUCGCCCAGCACACCCCGGGCAUGGGCUAUGCUGUGGACAUGGUGCCCCCAGGGUACCCUGGCCCGGCUGCCCCCCAGCACCUGCCCCACACUGCACCGGGCAGCCCCAGGUUUGCAACCCCAAAAGGGCCGUCCCCUGGCGGGAGCGGGCGGUCGAAGGCAAAGGCUGGCAGCACCAAGGCAAAGAGGCUGCCAGGGCCCUCCGUACCGCCACACCUGGCCGUGCCCAACCCCUGCCUGACCCAGCUGCUGACCACAGCCAAGCAGGAGCCAGCCCUGGAUACCUCGCCUGCGCAUGGUCCGGCACUCCUGCCUGCAUCCCCUGUCUCCCCGCAGCAGAGCAGUGUCCCUGACGUCCCUGCCGCCUUCCUGUCCAGAGUGGCCCAGCUGAGCCCAGGGCUGUCUCCUGGCUCCAGCCCUUCCCAGGCAGUGCCAGUGCCAGUGAUGCUGGCGGGUGCUGCGCCGGGGCCGCUGCUGGUCCCCAAGGUGGAGCGGCUGUCCCCCACAUCAUCUUGUGGCAGUGACUGGCCCAAGCACAGACAGGCCUCCUCGGGACCCACUGCAGGGCUGGGCACUGGCAUCUCCCUGCAUCACCCCACAUCCCGUAGGGGCAGACCUGAGUCCAGCAAGAUAGAAAGCCGGCGUAUCACACACAUCUCCGCUGAGCAGAAGAGACGCUUCAACAUCAAGCUGGGCUUUGACACACUGCACAGCCUGGUGAGCACGCUGAGCACCCAGCCCAGCAUCAAGGUAAGCGUGCAGGGCAGAGCAGACCAGACUAGCUGGCCAGCUCUGGGCACGGGGCAUCUCCUGGGGAUGGUGUGCCCCCAGGCUGCACCAGCACGCGUGGAGUCAUGCCCAGGUUGCCUCGGAUCUGCAGUCUGUUGCAGAGACUUCCAAGGCUUGGCAGUGGGGCGCACAAGACCUCGUGCCUUUUGCUGCCUCAGCCCUGCUCCCCUGCAGGUCAGCAAGGCCACCACCUUGCAGAAGACAGCUGAGUACAUCUGCAAGCUGCAGCAGGAGCGGGCAGCCCUCCAGGAUGAGGCACAGCGGCUGCGGGAGCAGAUCGAGGAGCUCAACAGCUCGAUCAACCUGUGCCAGGAGCAGCUGCCAGCCACGGGGGUGCCCAUCACGCGCCAGCGCUUUGACCAGAUGCGCAGCAUGUUCGACGAGUACGUCCGCUCCUCCACGCUGCAGAACUGGAAGUUCUGGAUCGUAUCCUUUGGGGCUGGUGCCUGUUCCUGGCUCUGCUCCCUCCACCAAACACCGGGUCCGCUGGUCUGCCCACUCAGCCCACUGCUGUGUCCCUCCGGCUCAAGAGGCUCUGGGGAUGACGCACGGUGGGAGCCCACUGAGAUGCUGUGGCUAAGGGGAAGCUUCUGUUACAAGGGAGUGAGCAGAGUAGGAAUAAAUGAUCAGUCCUUGGGGAAAAGGGAAGUCACCGGUGGAGCUGAGCUCACUGUUGCCAUGCAGGGAAGAGCUCCUGGUGGCCUGAGGAAAGGACCAGGCACAAACCCGGUGACAUGAGGACUUCACCUUGGUGGCCAGUGUAGCACACCCUGGAAACCAAGGUGUGCCCAUGCCUGGGACACAAGUCUGGACUCCACAUGGUGGAAGGGAUGAAGGGGGCCAAAGGCCAAGGAGUGGCAGACGGGAUGGUCAAAGAGCUGGGCCAGCUUCUCCAUGAAUGGGGAUUAGACACCCUGAGACCAUCAAGCCUGCAGAGACCGUGAGGUCUGCCAACCCCCAGGUAGCAGAAGCAGCUAGGGCAAAGCAGAGCUGGUUCCUCACCCGGUCUGGGGGAGGGCUUUGUGGUUCCUUCCACACAGCAGUAGGGGUCCUAAGGCUGACAUGGGCAUGCUCGUGAUGGAGGAGGUGCCUGCUGUGGAUUACUACACACACAUUCACCAGCCCCCAGCGUUGUUCCCUGAAGCUGGGUAUAGCUUGGGGAGCACACGUGCUGGUGUCAUGCUCUGCUUUUGGGCACCCGCAGAGGACACAGUGCGAGCCAACUCCUUGAUCUGGUCUGGAAGAGCUGUCCUGUGAUUUCGGCAGCUCCAGCUGUGACGCAGGUUGUGCAGCUCUCCUGCCGCCCGCCCUUGGCUGUGUGAUGCAGGCCACGAGCUGGACCUGGCUCCCCGGGGCGCCCACAUGCCAGAGCUGCGGUGCUGCAGCACCCGGCCUGGCGGGGUGGUUGGGACCGGGGUGCUGGGCCCUCUCCUGGUCCACGGAGCGGUCCUGCUGACGCUCGCAUCCCUGCCGCCCCAGCGGGAGGCCUGUCCUGCCGCCUGUGGGAGGAUGCUGCCCACACCAGGAGCUGGUGGGUGGGAGGCCAUGACCAAGCUGGCCCUUAACUCCUCCGCUCCCCUCAGUUCAGCAUCAUCAUCCGGCCCCUCUUCGAGUCCUUCAACGGCAUGGUGUCCACGGCCAGCGUGGAGAGCCUCACCCAGACAUCUCUCGCCUGGCUGGACCAGCACUGCUCCCUCCCAGCGCUUCGGCCC